ACUCAACCUAUUCACAUCUUUCGAGUGAACAUUAAAACAACAAUCAUGAAGUGCAUCGCAGCUGUAGUCAUGGUGGCCCUCGCCGUUGUUGCUGAAGGUUCUUAUGUUCCAUCGAUUUACGCUCAUCACGCUGCGCCAGUGGUGACAUAUGCUGCACAUCAUCUGGUCAACCCAACCGUGGUUCAGUCCAAUGAUCAUCAUAGCUGGGCUCAUGCUGCCAUUGCACACAACACUCUGGCUCAUCAUGCUCCAAUUGUUGCCUACAACCAUUGGGAUGCUCAUCACGUUCCAGCCGUCGUUGCUGUUGACAACCAUCAUGGUCAUUGGGAUAACCAUCAUCACGCUGCUGCUGUGAUCGCCGCCCCAGUGCACCAUUCUGCUUCGUAUGUCGCUGCUAACCGUGGUGCCGUUCAUAAGGCUCCACUUGCCGGACACGCCGUCAACCAGAAGUCCCUGAAUCUGGCCCCAGCUCCAGGAACUUUGUAAAUUCCAUAGACUGAAUUAUCAAACCUGUCAGACCAAUGAAUAAAUGUUACGAUGACCAAGUAA